GUAUCCCUGACAUAUUUGGAGCCCACCGCGAGGGGGUUUACACUAUUCUCACUAGUUACAACCAUCAAUUCUUUACGACACAAAGUCAUAACAAAACCUCGAAACAGACUUUUAUUUUUAUUUUUAUUUUACAAACUAUAUUCAUACCCAAGGACUUAAAAGACUCACCGAUUCAUAACAGAUUCUUAUUUACAAUUUUUUUACAUAUACGUACUAUCAACAAACACAUACGUAUCCACAGACUUAUAAACUUUUCGGACUACAAACAGACAUUAACAUCAUAGACACUUAUAUCUACCAUGACGAACACUCCAAUCAACGAACGACACGAGAGCAUGCAUUCUGGCAUACACGAAGCUUCAGAAGCCGUACGAGAGGAAGCACCCAUAGAUUCAAACUGGCGAACCAGAGAUAAAGCAAGACAGACAGUUAUUAACUCAGACUCAGACGAAGAAGAAACCUUCCAGACAUACGUGCCAAUAUCUAGCGCAAGAAGCACUACCAAUAUGUAUGGCGGACCCCAAAGGCAUACUAGCCAACAAAGCGCAGGGUUAUUCGGGAAUAUACCAAGCAGCAGUGCUGCUGGCCCUGCAUCCGGUUCCAACGCCUUGCCCAUUGGCGUUACCAACCCUGCUCCCACUGUGCACACAGUUACGGUAGGAACACCCAAUAGUCAAGCUCGUACACCCGACAUGAUGCCCUUACUAGGAGCCCGCACUGCUCCUGCUAAGUUUAAAGGAAAACAUGACUCAGUGAAGAGAUUUAUUAGACAAUACAAGCAAAUGUGUGCUGUCUAUAACGUAUCCGGCAAGGAAAGAUGCAAAAGAAUCAUAGACUAUUGCUCUUCCGCCAUUACACGAUUCAUCGAGUCCUUAGACAGUUUCGUAGACGGAAAUUGGGACCAAUUAGAAGACGACAUACUGACCUAUUACGACGCCGACUUAAGCGAAUCCUGA